CUAUAGAUAGCUCUUUAUCUUGCAAUUGCAAAUUCCCCUCCCCAGUCUCUUCGCCCUGCUUUGCGAGUGUGGAAUUGCGCUGGCUGGCGGCUCUCUCUCUCUCUCUCUGUACGCACCGAGCGCCGAGAGAACGAAAGCACGCCCUCUUUUCCUUCUCGCCUCCGCCAAAAAGAGCAGCGAGAGAGAGAGAGAAAGAUCACAGGCGGGUCGGGGUCUCUCAGCAUAGGAUUCCAAGCAAUUCCACUCGCCAAGGAGGAGCACUGGAGCAGCCCCCGCCUCCCUGAAUCUUGGGAGUCUGUGCGCCCGUGCUCCCUUCCGUCCUGCUCUGCUCCAGGGAAAGCGAAGGCGACCGCAUCUCGGGGGAUUUCUUCGUCCUCGCGGUGUUGGAGGAUUGAGUUCGACUGUGCGAAGGGGAAGGGAGUUGGAUUUGGUUCGGCGGUGUGGUUGGGGGUGGGGGAAAUUAAAAAGUUGGGGGGAGUGGUUAGUUCUUGGCUUCUUGUACUCGUAUAAGCGGGAGGAGCGCAUCGUUGGCUCGCUCGUGCCAUUAAAGGCGGCGCCUUUGGGUCUCUCUCCUUCCCUUCCUCCCUCCCUCUCUCUGUCUGCAGAUUGGUGGUGGCUGCCUACCUGGUGGUUGGGUUUGGUUUCCGGAUCCUCGAGGAGCCCCUUCUUUCUCUCCCCCGUUCGAUUGGGGCUAGAAAGGCGCCUUCUUUUUCUUGCGCCUUCCUGCGCAAUUUCGUGCCGCUCCCGGCGGCUGCCGCAGGUUCUUGUGUUCCAAAUCUUGGCGCCGAGGCCGCAUCCCUCCCUUUCCUUGGUUUCUUGGAGGAUCUGUGGCGGUUCUUGGGAGGGAUUUGGGCGCCUGGAUGCCAGAGAUUUGAGAAAUUUGGGAGCAAGAGGAAGAAGAGGGGGGAUAGGCCCUGAUUCGCUGUGGUAUGUGCCAUGAGGAAGCUCUUCUUCUCCGAGUUGACCUCCUGCAAGGAGACCAAGCUCCAGUCCGCCACCCACUCAUGGCUGCCACUGGAGAAAGGGAAGCUCUGCAAGUUCACUGGGCACUCCAGCUCCUCCUCCUCCAUAGAAUCUCUGAUGAAAAUGCCGGAGCCGGCGGUUCUUCCACACUUCAAGCCCGCUGACUAUGUCGAUAUUCUGGCUCAGAUACAUGAGCAGCUGGAGUAUUGCGCACCCGAUGAGAAGUCUUGUCUGUACCUGCUCCAGUUUCAAGUUUUCCGCGGGCUUGGGGAAGCAAAGCUGUCGCGGAGGAGCCUCCAGGCUGCGUGGGAGAAGGCGAGCACGAUACAUGAGAAGCUGAUAUUUGGGGCAUGGCUCAAGUACGAGAAGAAAGGAGAGGAGCCGAUAUCUGACCUUCUUGGCUCAUGUGGCAAGUGUUCCCAGGAGUUUAAGCUGCUGGAUUUUGUCUCGCAGAUCUCUGCUGAGUCACAUGGAUUAAGCUACGACGAUGAGUCUGAUGAAUUCCAGGGCUCUCCGGUGGUUCAUUUCCGGAUAAAAGAUGACAUGAUUGCGGGUGAUCGGCGAAAGCUUGCAGCGUUGUCAACUCCACUGUAUGCGAUGCUUAACGGUGGUUUUAGGGAAUCACAUCUUGAAGUCAUCGACAUGUCUCGAAAUGGCAUCUCACCUAUUGGUAUGCGGGCAAUCAGUAAAUUCAGCCUCUCAGGAAGACUACCAUAUUUAUCAGCAGAAGCUAUUUUGGAAAUGCUUGAUUUUGCUAACAAAUUCUGCUGCAAGGGCCUCAAGGAUGCUUGUGAACGAAAGCUUGCUUCUUUUGUUUGUACCAGGCAAGAUGCUGUAGACUUCAUGGAGUGUGCUAUUGAGCUGGGCUGUUCCAUCCUCGCUGCAUCAUGCUUGCAGGUGCUCUUGAAUGAACUUCCCGAGUGCUUGAAUGAUGAGCAAGUGGUUAGGAUAUUCUCCUCUGCUAAUAAGCAGCAGAGAUCCACGAUGGCUGGCAAUGCAUCUUUCUCUCUAUAUUGUCUUCUUAGUGAAGUCUCCAUGAGCAUCAGUGCAACAUCAGAUGUCACCAUAAGCUUCUUGGAAAAGCUGGUGGAGUCGGCAUCAGAUUCUAGACAGAAGCAGUUGGCCUUGCAUCAACUGGCUUGCAUGAGGCUGCUAAGGAAAGAUCACACUGAAGCUGAGCGCCUAUUCAAUGCCGCCUUCAACGCUGGUCAUCACUACUCAGUAGUGGGUCUGGCUAGAUUGGCCUCUCUUAGGAGUAACAAACAUUUUUCUCUCAAGUUGCUUGACUCUGUCAUGUCAUCUCGUUGGCCUCUUGGGUGGAUGUAUCAAGAGAGAGCACUGUAUCUGGAUGGUGAUAGCAAGUUGGAAAAUCUCAAUAAGGCUACUGAGUUGGAUCCCACCCUUACAUAUCCCUAUAUGUUUCGAGCUGCAUCUUUGAUGAAAAGGCAAAGUGUUGAAGCUGCACUGAUGGAGAUUAACCGGAUCCUGGGAUUCAAGCUGGUUUUGGAGUGCCUAGAGCUAAGGUUCUGUUGUUACCUUGCUCUUGAGGACUACAGAGCCGCCUUAUGUGAUGUCCAGGCAAUCCUCACGCUUGCUCCAGAUUAUCGUAUGAUUGGUGGUCGGGUGGCUGCGAAGCAGCUACGUAUGCUUGUCAUGGAGAACGUAGAGCAAUGGACGACUGCUGAUUGCUGGAUGCAGCUUUAUGAUCGGUGGUCCUCUGUGGAUGAUAUUGGAUCCCUCUCGGUCAUAUAUCAAAUGCUGGAGUCAGAUGCUGCUAAAGGAGUUCUGUACUUCAGGCAAUCUUUGCUACUUCUCAGAUUAAAUUGUCCCGAGGCUGCAAUGCGCAGCUUGCAGCUUGCUCGUGAGCAUGCGGCAAGCCAACAUGAACGGCUUGUUUACGAAGGAUGGAUACUGUAUGAUACUGGCCACUGCGAGGAAGGACUGCAGAAAGCGGAAGCAUCCAUUGCUAUACAGAGAUCAUUUGAGGCGUUCUUUCUAAAGGCUUAUGCUUUGGCUGAUUCGAGUCUUGAGCCGUCAACCUCAGCAACAGUUGUAUCGCUUCUCGAAGAUGCAUUACGGUGUCCCUCAGAUAGACUUAGGAAGGGCCAGGCUCUGAACAAUCUUGGGAGUGUUUAUGUGGACUGCGGGAAGCUAGACCUGGCAGCUGAAUGCUAUAUCAACGCCCUAAAGAUUGGCCACACCAGAGCGCAUCAAGGCCUCGCCAGGGUCCAUUUCCUUAGGAACAACAGGACCGGUGCAUUUGAAGAAAUGACCAAGCUGAUAGAGAAGGCCAGGAGCAAUGCGUCAGCAUACGAGAAGAGGUCUGAGUAUUGCGACCGGGAUCUAACUAAAGCUGAUCUUCAGAUGGUCACCAAACUUGACCCUCUGCGAGUCUACCCUUACAGAUACCGUGCUGCUGUUCUGAUGGACAACCACAAGGAGAAAGAUGCCAUCUCAGAGCUGACCAAGGCGAUCGCCUUCAAGGCGGACCUCAACCUGCUCCACCUGCGCGCGGCCUUCCACGAGCACGUCGGCGACAUCUCAGGUGCCCUCCGGGACUGCCGUGCAGCACUCUCCGUGGACCCCAACCACCAGGAGAUGCUGGAGCUUCACCACCGGGUGAACAGCCAAGAACCCUGAGCCCACCGUUGUAAAUACAGGAGCCCCCAUAGCAAACCCCAUACCAGUGUAUGUUUUGUACCAUACACAGCAAGCAGAUCAAUGUAAGGAGAUAGUAGCCAGCCAUUUAGGUCCCUUCCCCCCAAAACCACCAUUCCUUACGUCCUUAAUUAGAUAUAUCCUGGCCCACCAUAGGCUGUCUUGUUAGUAAAUUAUUGUCAUUUUGUGAUUAAGCCCUUCCUAAUUGUACCACCCUCCCUCCAUCCAUGUGCCCUAGCCCAUGUUGCCAACAAGUUUUGACUGUCACAUGUGUAAAGGAAAUGGAAAAGAAAAAGGAAAUGGAGAAGUGCGCCGGGUGUUGCGCAAAAACUGUAAGCCUUUUGCAACUCCCUGAUGCUUUACUGAUUGCACAUUUUGGUUUGCUUGGCUAGUGGUGGCCACUGAUUAUAAAUCAAAGCAAUGCCAGUGCCUUAUGGGUUA